UCCAGCUUGUGGCUUUGCUUUUUGCAGCCAAGAGAGGAGCAUCUCUUCCCUGGAAGUGCUGAUUCCUGUGGGAGGCCGUGGCUGAGCAGGUGAAUAUGGCCUUGGCAGGGAAGCCUUUAGAUGUGACACUCACCACCUCCAGAGCUGACCAAUGGAAUAUGGUUUUUCCCCAGAGAGAUGAAAUCAUCACCAGCUUAGUGUCUGCCUUAGACUCCAUGUGCUUGGCGCUCUCCAAGCUGAACGCGGAGGUGGCCUGCAUCGCCGUCCAUGAGGAGAGCGCCUUCGUGGUGGGCACUGAAAAGGGACGGGUCUUCCUCAGCGCCCGCAAGGAGCUGCAGGCCGACUUCCAGAAGUUCUGCAGAAUCCAGCAGAGGAAGGAGCAGGACGCAGAGGUGCAGAAGAAGGCAAAGGAGUGCGGGCAAAGGGUGCUCAGGGUCUCCCCGGACCAGGGAUCAGAUGUGUACCUCCUCAGGAAGAUGGUAGAGGAAGUGUUUGAUGUGCUUUAUAGUGAAGCCAUGGGGAAGAGCAGCGUGGUCCCUUUGCCGUACGAGAGGUUCCUGAAAGAGCCAGGCUCGCUGGCAGUUACCGGCUUGCCUGAGGGGAUCAGCUUUAAGAAACCUCUGGAGUAUGAUGUGAAAUCCCUGAUGGCCAUCCUGGAGCACAGCCACAGCAUCCGCUUCAGGCUAAAAAGGCCAGCAGAUGAGCCCAGCCGAGAGCCCAACCCCAACAUCGAGUUAACUUGUUCCUCCCUCGCCUCCAAGGGCAGCCGAGACUCUGGUGCCAACGGCCCUGUGGCCAAACCCAGCAGCCAGGAUGCCCCCUCGGCCAUUGCUAUCACCAACUUCCUUUACGGCGUCUCGCUGCCCACCCCUGUCACCAUCGACCUCAAGCAGGAGGCGUCCUCGGGGCUGCCUGCGCCGACUGCGGCGGGCGAGGCGCUGCUGGCCCGGCCGGCGGGAGAGCUGAAGGUGCCUUCCUCACAGGAGUACAGCGACUGCUGUGGACAGAAAUCAUCAGUCUCCGGAGGUCCCCUCAUCCAGAAUGUGCACUCAUCCAAGCGCAUCCUCUUCUCCAUCGUCCAUGACAAGACAGAUAAGUGGGACAGUUUUAUAAAAGAAACUGAAGACAUCAACACCCUUAGGGAGUGCGUGCAAAUUCUUUUUAACAGCAGAUAUGCUGAAGCCUUGGGGUUAGACCACAUGGUCCCUGUCCCCUACAGGAAGAUUGCCUGUGACCCUGAGGCUGUGGAGAUCAUUGGCAUCCCAGACAAAAUACCUUUCAAAAGACCUUGCACCUAUGGUGUCCCCAAACUCAAACGGAUUCUGGAGGAGAGGCACAACAUCCAUUUUGUCAUCAAAAGGAUGUUUGACGAAAGAAUUUUUACAGGAAGCAAAUUUACCAAAGAUCCAACCAAGCUGGAGCCCUCCAGCCCUCCCCGGGAGAUCUCCCCUGAGCCUCACCGUGGGGCCAUGCUGGAACUGGUGGGGACCUCUCAGGCCAGCAGCAGGUCUGAGAAGUGUAAUGUUUCUGAAGGCUGUGAACCAGGUACCUCAGGAGAGCUAGGUGGGAUCAGGCAGAUCAAAGUCGAACCAGACGAGCUGAACAUCAUCCAGAUCACCGUACCAGACCGAUCACCUGGUUCGGUUGAGAUGCACGAGCCGGUGCCCGCGCAGGCGGCCUCGGAUGAGUCGAGAUACAUCCUGGAAACAGUAGCAGCAGAGACAGAGAAGGGGUCCAGUGAGGAGCCUCGACACGAAGAAAAGCAGAUGGAGGGAUCAGAUGGUAUAGGGGACAUUUUAAGUCAUUUGAGGAAACAAGUUGAAAUUUUGUUCAACUCACGAUACGCGAAAGCCAUAGGAAUAUCAGAGCCAGUCAAAGUCCCCUACUCCAAGUUCCUGAUGUACCCUGAGGACCUCUUUGUUGUGGGCUUGCCUGAAGGCAUCCUGUUGCGCCGCCCCAACUGCUUCGGGAUUGCAAAGCUGAAGAAGAUCCUGCAAGCGAGCAACAACAUCCAGUUUGUCAUUAAAAGACCGGAGCUGCUGGCAGAGGGUGUAAAGGAGUCGGUGUCAGACAGCCCAGCAGCCAAAGCCGCCGACGAGAGGGACUCGAGCGAGGUGCUGCUGGAGGACGCUGUGAAGAGACAGGGCUUUCAAGAAAAUUAUGAUGCCAGGCUUUCCAGAAUAGACAUUGCUAAUACACUGCGGGAACAAGUCCAGGACCUGUUCAAUAAGAAAUAUGGUGAGGCCUUGGGGAUUAAAUACCCUGUGCAAGUGCCAUACAAGCGCAUUAAGAGCAAUCCAGGGUCGGUGAUUAUCGAGGGACUGCCUCCUGGGAUCCCCUUCAGGAAGCCCUGCACCUUUGGCUCCCAAAACCUGGAGAGGAUCCUGGCCGUCGCUGAUAAAAUCAAGUUCACUGUGACACGGCCUUUUCAAGGACUCAUCCCCAAACCUGGCAGAUACACCAGGGAAGGCAUGGCAGAGGAGAGGAGAGGAGGGUGUCCAGGGUGCACUCCUUACACAGCUGCUCAAAUCUUCAUCCCAGAGCCCUGUCCUUCACUGUGAGUCCCUGCAGUAGCUGUCUCUCAUUUCUUGGCUGCUCAGAAAAGAGAGCUGCUGUCAGAAACGUGGUAAAAAACCUGUCUCAGUUUUAAAUGUCUGUAAUUACAACUGUUGGAAGAGCACAGAUGGGUGUAAAGAACCUUGUCAUCUUUAUUCAUGGCUUCCCAUUUCCUUGGCCAGCCUCCAUGGCAAUGGCACAAUUUAGGAAAGACAAAUAUGACAGACAGGAAAACAUUUAUAUGCCCUUAUUGGGAAUAGCAGGAAGGUGUUAGAGCUCUAACAAAAGGUGAGCUGUCAGUAAAAUUCAGGUCCAUGUGUUCACUUCUAGGAAAACUCAGUUAUGGUCCAUGUGUUCACUUCUGUGUCCCUGUGUAGGGCCCAGCCAGUGACAGGGAGGCCCCUGAGACCUCUGUGGAACUUGGUCUUAGACUUGUAUCUUUUGUUCCUAAGCAGCAAAGUGCCAGUUCACAUCAGCUGGACCUAAAAUCAGCCCUCACUGAAGCACAAGUUUUGCAGAACUCCAGUUUCCCACUGAAUUGCAUGGCUAUGUACCCACUCCUCCAGCCACAUCUUGUCUUUCCAUUCCCCUGCUCUAAACAAUAUAAUUACAUUAAGAAAUGUCGAUCUGACACAAAUCACACCACUAACAAAAGAGCACAUCACAAGGCAAAUAUUCUGGUUGCUACCUGGCUGGGAGACACAGCCUGAGAAAUAGAGAUGUAGAGGAAAUUGAUUUUCCUUUCAAUGCACAUUUUUUCCCUCCUUCUCCAGCUCUCCUCACAGACCUGUCUUCUAGCACCAACCCAAAGACAUAUUUUAUGUGUAUUUCAGUGCCCCUGGGCUCAGCAGGUUACAGCAUCC